AUUCCGUCCGUGCGUCAACAGCAACAGCUAGGAUGUUGCGAUAUCGCGGGCAGGCGAAGAUUGCUGCGGUUGCACAGAUAGCGCUGCUGGGUUGAAACGUCCUCCUAAUAUUUAGGUGGAUGCCAAAUAGUACGGUUUCUCAUUUCAGCUGUAGCAAACGGAUGCUUUGUUUAUUUCUUUUUUUUUGCUUCAGUCGCUAUGUGUUGAUAAAAGGCUGCAUCUCGCUAACGCGCUAGCUUACUAAAAUCACAGCUUUAAUGUAAACGGAAAGCGGUCAAAUAGACCGGGACGGGCAGCUAUGUGCCAUCACUUCACUUGACCGAGGAUGGAAAGACUGUUUCGGGGGGACACACCACACAAGUCAGACGUCGGACGCAUCGCACCCGAAGGCGUUAUCUUCAGAGGAUAACCUGGAUAACCUUACGCGAAAUGUCAUAGCGCGCGAGCGGCUAGCACUCGGCUAGCUCGGUAAUGACCGCACGGGAUGGGAGAAGGACCUCACGUUGUUAUCAUCAGCGGCAGCCGAGCGUGAACAGCUGGACGGAUAACUAGAGAAACACUCACACCGGAGAUGCUUUAGCCCUCCCGGGUGGUGUUAUUCACUUACAUAACAGCGACACCACCGACCGGCCCGUGUUGGCGAGCGAAAUGGGACAUUCGCCCCCAAAAAUCUCCGUUGUCUCAGCGUCGUAAGCGACCAAAGGCGUCGCUGCAUGUUUUCCGCGCUGCGAAUAGACUCGCGUUAAGCGGCGGAACCUUCGGGCUCGCAAUCCGACCUUGCGUUAUAUAUACAUAAAUAAAUAUAUAUAUAUAAAUAAUAUCAGUGUAAUAAUUCAGCGCGCGGAGGUUCUGUCUCCGAUCGACGUCAAUUCGCUGCCAUGAGGAAGUUCUUUGAUUCUCGCCGGGAGUUGGUGAAUUCCGGGCCCGGUUCUGGAGGAGGAGGAGGAGGUGGAGGAGGUGGGGGCGGCUCCGGUCAUGCAGGCGGAAAUUUCAUUGGCAGAGCCUUCAAUGUCGGGCGACACCAGGUUACUGUUGAGGAGAUCAUCGCCGAAGGUGGCUUUGCAAUCGUGUUCCUGGUGCGGACCAAUCAAGGGGUGCGCUGCGCCCUGAAGAGGAUGUACGUCAACAAUGAGGAUGAUCUGCAGGUCUGCAAAUGCGAGAUUCAAAUAAUGAAAGACCUCGUGGGCCACAAGAACAUUGUUGGUUACCUGGACUCCAGUAUCACGGCCAUGGGGUCGAGGGAUGUAUGGGAGGUCCUCAUACUGAUGGACUACUGCAAGGGGGGACAAGUGGUCAAUUUGAUGAAUCAGAGGCUGCAAACCGGAUUCACCGAGGCGGAGGCGCUACAGAUCUUCUGUGACACCUGCGAUGCCGUUUCUCGCCUGCACCAGCGCAAGACACCAAUUGUCCACAGAGACCUUAAGGUGGAGAACAUCCUCUUGCAUGACAAGGGUCAUUAUGUGCUGUGUGACUUUGGCAGCGCCACCAACAAGUUCCAGAGCCCGCAGACGGAAGGAGUGGCCAUCGUGGAGGAAGAGAUCAAGAAGUACACGACUUUAUCAUAUCGUGCUCCUGAGAUGGUGAACCUCUACAAUAACAAGAUCAUCACCACAAAAGCAGACAUCUGGGCGCUGGGCUGUCUGCUCUACAAAGUCUGCUUCUUCACUCUGCCCUUCGGUGAAAGCCAGGUGGCCAUCUGUGAUGGCAGCUUCACCAUCCCGGACAACUCGCGCUACUCCUAUGAUCUUCACUGCCUCAUUCGGUACAUGCUGGAGCCGGACCCGGACAAAAGGCCAGAUAUCUACCAGGUGUCCCACUUUGCUUUUAAGCUGGCUCAGCGGACCUGUCCUGUCCAGAAUGUGAAGAAUUCUCCAAUUCCUUCUAAACUGCCUGAGCCCAUUAAAGCGAGUGAGGCUGCAGCAGCAAAGAAGAACCAGGCUAAACCCAGACUGACUGAUCCAAUUCCCACCACUGAAACCUCCAUCACCCCUCGCCAGAGGCCCAAAGCAGCCCACACCCAGCCCGCAGCUGGCAUCCUACCCAUCCAGCCUGCUGCGCUCACCCCCCGCAAGCGGGCUAAUCUCCCAGGAGGUGCGGCUCAGCCUGUGGGAGUCAGCUUAAAUCUGUCUCAGCCAGCUGCAGCUCUGCAGUCACAGAAGGCACAGGCUCCAGCGCUGCCACUCGUCCAGUCACUAAACAAUUCAAGUCAGCCUGUGGCUCCACAGAAGCAGCAGGUGCAGCCGGCCGCAGCUACAGGAGCCGAGACUACAACAAAAACAACAACAACAGCGACAGCGGCUGCGGCUGCGUCGCCAAUGACCAAGGCUGACGUCCAACAACAGGCGCAGCCGAUUGUGCAGCAGCAGACCACACCCCCCUGCGGGGUCAGCGCCACCUCCCAGCAGGCGGCUCAGACUCCAUCGAGCCCGGCUCCGCCUCAGCGUCCAGCUCGGCGCAAGCAGGCCCAGCCGCCCGCGGCUGCGCACGGCACACCGGACUCCGGACAGACGGCUGCAUCUCAGCAGCAGACGACUCCGCCGUCGGCGGCCCAGGCUCCGCCCGCCUCGGCCGCAAUCAGCCAAAAAUCUGCUGAGACGACUCCACCCGCUUCUCCGAAGCCAACCGGAGAGCGAGGCCACCAGCGCACGCCGAGUGACGCAGCAGCGAACAGCGUCGUUGGAGCUCCAGCGACCGACUCCUCACUGCAGCCUCAAGGAGCCGACCGAGACGCUGCCCCCAGCCAAUCACUUCCAUCUCAGCCGAGCACCGCCCAGCUCGUGGAGCUCGGUGCUGGUGAUGCAGAUCAGGACCAAAAUAAAGAUGGUUCCACUGUUCUAGCGUCCGGCGAUGCCACCGACGCCCCCACGCAGCCCACGUGGAACCCUUUUGACGAUGACAACUUCUCCAACCUCACUGUAGACAAAUUCAAAACUGAGGCCAAAAAGCCCACCGACCUUCCUUUAAAAAUUGAACCAUCAUCCUCAGAGGAGUUGAUACCAGGUCUGCAGGCCGUAUCUGUGGAUAAUACACCUCAAGAUGCUGUUGAGGGACCGAUCAUUCCCGAUGUGGAUCCUGGAGCCUCGCUGCAGGCCUCGCUGGUUGUCCCGGAUCCUUUUGGUAUCCUCGAGCUGUCUGAUGCACCAGAGAAGCUGAUUGAAGGACUCAAAUCUCCAGACGUAUCUUCACUCAUGCUCCCCGACCUCUUGUCCUUGUCGGAUCCCUUCGGUGGCUCCCUGGAAGAUUCUACUAAAGACCCUCUCGCCGCAGACGACUCCCUCCUGGGCUGCUCUCUGAUCUCGGGUCCGUCCGCCCCUCCAGCGGCGAGCGGUGCCACCUCCUCCGUCUCUUCUGCCCCCGUCUCUGCUGCCUCCGCUCUGGAUGAUUUCAGUCUGUUGUCUGGAGACUGUGCACAGUCUGUAGCAGACUCGUCCCUCUUGCUCUCAGACUUUGAGCCCCAGCAGACCCCCGCUGAGGGAGGCCCCGAGGAUGAGUUCGAUCCGAUUCCCGUCACGGGCCGAAAGAAUUCCCAAGUUUCAGGAGGCCACUCGCAGCAGUAACAGUGGCGGCUCUGAAUCCAGCCUGCCCAGCUUGGCCCGCCCCAUGCUGCUGGUGGACCAGCUCAUCGACUUGUAGACGGCCCCCCACCUCCCCCCGUAGAAGCUAUAACACUGGAUUAUAGACCGGCACAGCAUAACAGCAAUCAACACUGUUGUCAUAGCUAGCUUACCGCAGCCCCUCCCCUUUCCUCCGCCCCCUCCCACCGGCUGUCAUCUCCAUCCUAGCUCCUACAGUAGAAGGACCUCCGCCUUUCACUGACCUUCACGCCUGUCUGGCUUCUCCUCACCCUCUCACCUCUCACCCUCUCACUCACAGCUUCUCUCUGUUGUAAGUCUCAUUUACGCUCCGGCGGUUUCGCGAGUGGCCGGGACACUUAACGUCCUCUCCAAACAUCAACCAUUGCAUCUCUCCGUCAAUCAGGAUGUUUUAUCACCAUCCAGUUUGUUUGAGCAAUAUGGCAUCAUGUCUAAUAGCAAACAAUAGAAGAUCAUUGUUGUAAUGUGCAAUAGGCAUAGUUCUAAGUGGUUGUAGUUAUUAUCGUGCACAAGUGGAAUUGUUGUUGUUUGCCUUGUUUGAAUUCUCCUCCCCAGAUUUAUUUGCACAUUUGAAAGUAGGAACCAUAGAAAAGUUGAAUGACCAUUUGUUGACAUACGGUCAGUUUAUUUCUUCUCUACAAGGGAAACUUAGUCAUGCAGCCUGAUUUUGCACAGUAGCAUAAAUGUUACCUCUGUCUUUGGAUUUAAUAUUUGAUCGAUUUAGAGGUCAAUGGAUUAGACUGGAAUUUCUCAACCCAGAAACAAAUACUGAGUUAUUGUAAUAAAUGCUCAAGUGCCAUAAAAUAGUCUGUGAGUAAACUGCUGGUGGGGAAAGUAUUUCAGCUAAACUAUAAAUUAGAAAAUAAUGUCUUUACAGACGGACUGGAAUUUUUAAAUGAGGACCCGCUCUCAUCGGCUGUUACUCUGAUCUUAUUUAUGAUGUCCUCCUUGAGGCCAGCAGAAGGUUGUUUUCAAAUUAAAUGACAAAUCCGGGUCAUUUGAAAGGUGUUCAUUGCAGUGUGCUACAUCAAUAGAAAAUGCAUGAAAUCUUAAUAGGAAAUGCUGUAGUUUUUACUUCAAGCGCGUCCAUCCGUGACUAUACAGGUACAUCUUCGGGCACCAAGAGAAACCGUCUAAUACGCGUUUUAAAAAUGAUUUUCACUCACUUGCACUUUCCGUUUUGAGUAUCAACACAAACAUUCAUUUUGCGUUGUGCAAUCCUUUCUACAUUCUUGCCAUUUUUUCACUUCUAAUUAAUGUAAAUAGAUACCUGCGACCCCUGCAGGCUCUUAUCCAGACCACAGAAUUGGUUAUUCUUCCUGUGUAAAUAUCUGCCAUUGUCAUGAGGCUUUACUUGUGGAAAACAUAUGGCUUUAAUUGUGAACUCUCUCAUAUAUCCAUACAUAUAUGACAUUGUUUUCCUGUUAAUAAAUGUUAAUAUAAAUAGAGUGUUAGAGAAUGAAUGUAAAAAA